GAUUUCCGUUCGCACCAGUAACGUCCUUCGAGCGUUCGCGCCCUGUAACUUUCCCUUCGAUUGAGAGCAAAAGCUAUCACCACGCUUCGCUUGAAUGUCGAGGCGUUGGACUCGCGGGAGAGGACCAAUGUAGUUUCGCUCUUUCCUGAAACGCUACCGUGUUGCCAGAGCACGUGGCUCGCUAGUCGUGGUAAACACAGCCUCGGCGGUGGGUGUUCGACCGACUCGUUAAGUGUGGAAGGAAUUCCUGCACGGCUCUCAAUGGCAUCGUCGCCGCCAUAGUAGUAUAAAGAAAGGAACCUGCAGUGACCAGCGAGGAUAGUGGAUACGACGAACAACAAUACCUCCAGUGAGACGCACGGUGAGCUGCUCGCAGGCGAUGACAACAGAUGCGGCCGCUGAUACGACGCUGCCGGACCUCGAGAAUGUCGCCCGAACCGAGCUGGGAGAGACGGCGGAAACCAGAGAACGAUGCCUGUCGCAGCUGCGACAGCUUAUCGACGCCGACACUUCCUUAGUCUGGCCAACGGACGAGAAGUUCUUGGUUAAAUAUCUUCGGGGCCGGAAGUACAAAGUGGAACUUGCCUUCAAUGCCAUGCGGAAGUAUUUCCGCGUGAGGCGGAACUCGCCGGAAUUUUUCAAGGCCCUCACGCCGUACACUGCAAGCUACGAAAAUGUCAUACUAGACAACCACCUCAUCAAGAUCUCCAAGCACAGGGAUCCCAUGGGAAGGGCUGUGGCGAUGAUGAAACUCGGGGCCUGGAACACUGGCAUUUGCCCAGUCACCGACCUGGUCAGGGCGGCUCUUGUUAUGGCGGAGUGGACGUUGCUGAACGAGGAGACUCAGAUACGGGGUGUCGUGGGCGUGUUUGACCUCAAGGGCCUGAGCAUAUCGCACCUCGCCCACUUCACUCCAUUCUUACUCGGGAAGUUGGCACAUAUUGUACAGGAUUGUUAUCCGGCACGCCGCAAAGCCGUUUACGUCACCAACAAUCCUCCUAUUUUCGAACUUCUGUUCGCUGCUCUCAAGCCUUUCCUGAAAUCCAAGCUCUUGCGGCGGUUCCGGUUUCUAGGCUGCGACCCACGUACGUUCCACGGCCUGCUCCCACCUGACUGCAUACCGGCAGAGUUUGGCGGCACCCACGAGGACUUCGAUUAUUCGAGCCAGCACAUGGACGUGACGAGCACGAGCGACUACUUCGAAUACGUCAAUCGCUUCGGGUACGGGAAAUAGCGAACAGAUGAUGCAUCAUACUCGUCCUCGGGAAUAUUUCAGGCCCCUGGCUUUGUCGUCUGUGAUAGCGAAUAGAUGUCGCGUUUUAUGCAGGUGUUUGUUAAAGAAUAUGAGUGAUUU